AGCCGCGGGCGGAGUCAGCGGGGCCGCGGCCAGCGGAGUCGGGGCCGCGAUGGCGACAGCGGCGGCUGCGGCGGCUGCUGCAGAGGCCGCCCCGGCGCCCGCAGCCCGCGCGGAGGGCGCCUGCUCGGUGCACUGGUUCCGCAAGGGGCUGCGGCUGCACGACAACCCGGCGCUGCUGGCCGCCGUGCGCGGGGCGCGCUGCGUGCGCUGCGUGUACAUCCUCGACCCCUGGUUCGCGGCUUCUUCGUCCGUGGGCAUCAAUCGGUGGAGGUUCCUGCUGCAGUCGCUGGAGGACCUGGACACCAGCCUAAGGAAACUGAACUCCCGCCUGUUUGUGGUCCGGGGCCAGCCAGCCGACGUGUUCCCCAGGCUGUUCAAGGAAUGGGGGGUGACCCGCUUGACCUUCGAGUAUGACUCUGAGCCCUUUGGGAAGGAGCGGGAUGCAGCCAUCAUGAAGAUGGCCAAGGAGGCUGGCGUGGAGGUGGUGACCGAGAACUCGCACACGCUCUAUGACCUGGACAGGAUCAUCGAGCUGAACGGGCAGAAGCCGCCGCUCACCUACAAGCGCUUCCAGGCCAUCAUCGGCCGCAUGGAGCUGCCCAGGAAGCCCGUGGGCUCAGUGAGCCGCCAGCAGAUGGAGAGCUGCCGUGCGGAGAUCCAGGAGAACCACGACGAGACCUACGGCGUGCCGUCCCUAGAGGGGCUGGGCUUCCCCACCGAAGGCCUUGGCCCUGCCGUCUGGCAAGGAGGAGAGACAGAGGCAUUGGCCCGUCUGGACAAGCACUUGGAACGGAAGGCCUGGGUCGCCAACUACGAGAGGCCCCGGAUGAACGCCAACUCCCUGCUGGCCAGCCCCACGGGCCUCAGCCCCUACCUGCGCUUCGGCUGCCUCUCCUGCCGCCUCUUCUACUACUCCCUGUGGGACCUGUACAAGAAGGUGAAGCGGAGCAGCACCCCGCCGCUCUCGCUGUUCGGCCAGCUCCUGUGGCGGGAGUUCUUCUACACGGCAGCCACCAACAACCCCAGGUUCGACCGCAUGGAGGGGAACCCCAUCUGCAUCCAGAUCCCCUGGGACCGCAACCCCGAGGCGCUGGCCAAGUGGGCCGAGGGCAAGACGGGCUUCCCUUGGAUCGAUGCCAUCAUGACGCAGCUGCGGCAGGAGGGCUGGAUCCACCACCUGGCCCGGCACGCCGUGGCCUGCUUCCUCACCCGCGGGGACCUCUGGGUCAGCUGGGAGAGCGGGGUCCGGGUGUUUGACGAGCUGCUCCUGGACGCCGACUUCAGCGUGAACGCGGGCAGCUGGAUGUGGCUGUCCUGCAGCGCUUUCUUCCAGCAGUUCUUCCACUGCUACUGCCCAGUGGGCUUCGGCCGCCGCACGGACCCCAGCGGGGACUACAUCAGGCGGUAUCUGCCCAAAUUGAAAGGCUUUCCCUCCCGCUACAUCUAUGAGCCCUGGAACGCACCCGAGGCGGUGCAGAAGGCAGCCAAGUGCAUAGUCGGGGUGGACUACCCCCGACCCAUGGUCAACCACGCUGAGACCAGCCGGCUCAACAUUGAGCGUAUGAAGCAGAUCUACCAGCAGCUCUCCCGCUACAGGGGACUCUGUCUGCUGGCCUCCGUUCCAUCCUGCGUGGAAGAGCUCAGCAACCCCAUGGCAGAGCCCAGCGGCAGCCAGGCCAGCAGCAGUGCAGGCCCGAGAGCAGUGCCUGGAGGCCCUGCAUCCCCCAAACGUAAGCUGGAAGCAGCCGAGGAGCCCCCUGGAGAAGAGCUCAGCAAACGGGCCCGGGUGGCCGGGUCGUCCACCCCCGAGCCAACCAGCUCUGGCGCGGCUGUGUGAGACUGCAGUGCUGAGGCGCCAGGAGCCCAGCUUGGAUGCCCGCCCGAGCAGCUGCCACUGCCACGCACAACCGGCCACCAUCGGGAGCACUGACAGAGGGAGCGAGCGCGUGUGCAUGGGAGCGGGUGUGUGGAGGAGAGGGCUGCCCCUGUGCGUCUUUCCACCUGGGGGUUCUGGACGCCCCCUGGUCUGCUGGGGUACCUGACUCCACUGGCCUCCGGGCACCCUCCCCCCCAUCCCAGGCUAGAGGUUCCGCCAGUGACCCAGGCUCUGGUCUCAAGAGUGUUGUCUCUUCCAGGGCCUGAGGUUCCAGAGGCAGCCAGAGCCAUGCCCAUUUUUCUGUUGGGCAUCCUGGAGGCCGGGCAUGCCAGCAUGGGCGAAUAUGAGUGUGUGUGUGUGUGUGUGUGUGUGUGUGUGUGUGUGUGUGUGUGUGUGCAUCUUUGUGUGCAUUCCAGGCCUUACCACAAGGCCUAGUUUUUCUCAUAGUUGGAAAUUCCCCGGCCCCGCUCCUCCGACCCCUCCCUGGGGAUGAGCACAGGCUGUGGGCAGAUCCACACAGCCCCCCACCUCCACAGAGCCCCUCAGAGUAACUGUCCUGCUUGCAGGUGUGACAGAUGCACCCCAGUCUUUCUGGGUGAGGCCCUGAGGUCAGGAGCAGAAUCCCAGGUGGGGUGGAGGGUAGAGGGAGCAAGCUGUCUGGGAUCUGAGUCCUCCCACCUCCGGCCACACGCCAGGACCCCAUCUGCAUGCUGGCUGGGCUAGUGGCUGGUUGCUGGGGACCAGGGGAUCAUGGGAACAGCCUGAAAUGGACAGUGUGUCAGCCUGGGCAAGUCUUCCUUCCACCCUGUGGCCUGCAGUUGAGCCACCAAGUGACUUGUGUGUGUGCAUGUGUGUGUUUGUGUGUGUGUAUGUCUCUGUGUGUGUGCAUGUGUGUGUUUGUGUGUGUGUAUGUCUCUGUGUGUGUCUAUCUGUCCAUCUGUCCAUCUGUCCAUCCACUGGGGACAAAUGUAAUCAGAUGACUCAUUCCUCCCUGGACAGUCUCCUCCCAUGUGACAGGGAGCUGACCUUGGGUGACCACCUCCCUGCCUCCCCGGGGACCUGUCUUAGCCACAGACAGGUCUGUGACUUGCUCAGACCCAGCCUGCCCCUUCACCAUCUUCAGUCCAGAGUCCUGCAGGCAGCAUUUUCUGAGCUGCCCUGCUCCUAGCUAGAAAUCCCAGAGGACCUUGGGAUUUCUAAGCCUUGACCAACACCGUCCUCUGUCCUCUCACGGACCAUAUCCUGGAGCCUGGGGCCAGGGGGCAGGGCAUGUGGGCUGGGGACUACCC